AUGGCCAAUCCCCAGGGCUAUAUCAUCAUCAAACGGGAAAAUGCACAGCCGCCACCAGAGGAGCUUUUUGCAGCAGUAGAGAGUUACAUUGGGAAGGCAAAGUUUCAAGAAAUGCGAGGGAGCAUCGCAGAUGAAGUGGGCGCUCAAAGGGUCAAUGGGGGAGAUGCCAGUGAAGCAUUGCUACAUCAUGGGAUCAAUUUUUCAAACAUCGAGUUCGAACCCUUCUUCCAAGAUGUCCUCGGCUGUUCUUUUGACGAAGCAAAGAAAUCGAAGGUGGAGGUUGUAUUCUGGCGAGAAAACAAAACCCAGCUGCCACGUUAUCCCGCCGGGCUUCGUGGUACAGUUCACAUAUUCUGCUCAGCGACUAUUGAAGAACUCCAUGAGGGUAAUGGCCUCUUUCGCAUUGUGGAAGGUUCCCAUACAAUGACAAGGGGCCAAUUUCGUCACAUCGAACCUACCCCGAUCCGUCUUCAACCCAACCAGAUAUUGAUUCUCUCCGCCGAUUUGACAAUACAAUAUCCACAAGGAGGGGGGGGUGUCGGUGUUUUCAUGAGGCUAUUCCCACCUACGUGA